AUGGGGGUCUUUACCGCUAUGAGAAUGAUUAGUGCUUUUACCGGCACAUAUUUCAUGGUUGCCGGGCAGACAUAUAUCGCUGAUAUCUUUGAGCCGGUAAAGCGUGGGAGAGCAACAGGCUUCUUCAUGGUGGGCAGCGUCGCUGGGCCCGCAAUAGGGCCAUGUAUUGCGGGUAUCAUUGUCACAUUCAGCAACUGGCGGGCCAUAUACUGGCUUCAGACGGCCAUGGCCGGGCUUGGUUUUGUGCUCUCGCUUCUUGUGAUCCCGACAAUCAGGAGAGAAUCGGCGGAUCAUGAGGAUGAGGAAAAGCUCGCAUGGACAGCCGUUACUGCCUUCGAGCGCUUUAACCCUGUUCGAGUAUUCAGGCUUUUUCGCCGUCCAAACGUGUUGUUAGCGGUGUGUUUUGCCUUGCUUCCCAACAGUGCUUCCUCCCUGACCAUCUUCAAACAGGAUCUUACGUGCGGCGUAUUAGCUGUCACCCAGUUCGGUAUUCUCACUUCCGUACGACACAUCAUCAACCCACGGUUCCAUCUCACGACACCGCUUGUCAGUGGUCUUUUCUACAUAGCACCGGGGAUUGGUUUCUUCGUUGGAAGUGUGGUUGGCGGGCGAUUCUCUGACCGCACUGUCAAGCGUUAUAUCGUCAAGAGAGAAGGCAUUCGGUUACCUAAAGAUCGACUCAAUAGCGGUUUGACUGGUCUUUUUAUCGUGCUGCCGAUAUCUAUGCUGCUGUAUGGAUGGAGCUUGGAAAAAGAGUUUGGUGGCUUGGCGCUGCCUAUCGUGGCAGGGUUCUGGGUCGGUACCGGUCUCAUGGGGACGUUCAAUGCUUUGAAUACGUAUACUGCCGAGGUAUUGCCUAAGGAGAAGGCGGAGGUCAUUUGCACCAAAUAUAUUGUGCAAUACGUCUGUGCGGCUGCUUGCACUGCCGCUGUUGUACCGCUCAUCGAUGCUAUUGGCGUUGGAUGGUCAUUUACGUUCUUCGUUGCUCUAGAUAUGUUGGGCGGUUUGCUUGUAGUAUAUAUAGCAAGGUUUAGUUCUAGCUCCUGGGCAUGA